AUGCUACAAGUCACGAAGUUCAUCCUCCUUGCUGGUGCGGCAAUCCAAGGUGCCCUGGGUUCUCCUGUCGCAAAGCCUGAACCUGAGCUGAUCGAUGCCCUUAACGCGCCAACGAACACAAUCGAAGCAAGACAGUGCGGUCUUCCAUCCUCGUACAAGUGGACUUCUUCCGGUGCGUUGGCACAGCCAAGUAAUGGCGCGAAGUCUCUCAAGGACUUCACGGUGACCACAAUCAAUGGACAGCACAUCGUCUACGCCAGCUACUACGAUGGCACCAACUAUCGAUCGCUCAACUUCGCUCCUUUUGGCUCUUUCUCAAGCAUGGGAAGUGCAAAGCAGAACCCCAUGACCAACAGUGCGGUCGCCCCAACUCUGUUCUUCUUCAAGCCGAAGAACAUCUGGAUCCUCGCCUAUCAAUGGGGGGCCACUGCCUUCUCGUACCGAACUUCAAGCGAUCCCACCAACGCUAAUGGCUGGUCCGCCGCGCAGCCUCUGUUCUCUGGCAGCAUCAGUGGUUCCGACACUGGCCCAAUUGACCAGACCCUCAUUGGGGAUAGCAGCAACAUGUACUUGUUCUUUGCCGGUGACAAUGGCAAGAUCUACAGAGCCAGUAUGCCGAUCGGAAACUUCCCUGGCAACUUUGGUUCUGCGUCGACGGUCGUCAUGAGUGAUACUAGGAACAACCUGUUCGAGGCGGUUCAAGUCUACACCUACGGCACAAGCAAGUACCUCAUGAUCGUUGAGGCGAUUGGCAGCAAUGGACGCUACUUCCGCUCGUACACUGCCACAAACCUGGGCGGCUCAUGGACACCCCAGGCCGCAACAGAGAGCAACCCAUUCGCUGGUAAAGCCAACAGUGGUGCGACGUGGACCAACGACAUCAGCCACGGUGACUUGGUUCGCAGCAACAACGAUCAGACCAUGACCAUUGACCCCUGCAACCUGCAACUCCUCUAUCAAGGCCGAAACCCUAACGACAACCCGUCCGACUACAAUGCUCUGCCGUACCGUCCUGGAUUGCUCACGCUCUCUAGGUGA